CCCUGUCUCGGCGAUGCUUGGGCUCGAAGAGACUCUCCGCUGUCGCUACCCCUAAAUUGCUGCACACUUUGCUCGGUUGUAUCAAGCCCAGCUCGUCAUUUCACAGCUUUUCGCAAUGGCCGUGAAGCUCCAACCCGUUCAAGUGCUCUAUUGCCCUGUUUGCUCGAUGCCGGCUGAAUACUGCGAGUUCAGCCCUGAGUUCGAGAAGUGCAAGUCGUGGCUCAUUAAAAACGCGCCGGAUUUGUAUCCGCAACUUGUGCAAGAGGCUGCCGAUAAAGCAGCAGAAAAAUUGGAUGGUUUAACUGUCGGAGGAGAGGAGGAUGGCGUUAAGGGAGAAGGAAGCUCAUCAGAGCCGAAAAAGGAGGAUGAAGUCAAGAGGUUACCGGGUGGAAAAGUAAAGAAGAAGGUAACCUUUGAGGACAUGCAGGAAAAGCCUGAGGUCGUUGUGGAGAAGAUAGUGAGAAAUAAGCGCAAAUGUGUAACUAUUAUCAAGGGCCUUGAUAUGUUUGGAAUCAAGUUGAGUGAAGCUUCUAAGAAAUUGGGGAAGAAAUUUGCAAGUGGUGCAUCUGUAGUGAAGGGCCCUACGGACAAAGAACAAAUAGAUGUUCAAGGAGAUAUCAUGUAUGAUAUAGUCGAGUUCAUUACGGAUACCUGGAAGAGUGUUCCAGAAUCGGCAAUUUACUUCAUCGAAGAUGGAAGGAAAGUGUCAGCGAAUGCUUAGAAUUGUUCAGUUGGGUUUUUUUUGUAUGUAAGUUCUCAGGAAGAGGAUAGGCUCGGCAUCUGUGAAGCUAAAAGAUGAUUGUAGGGCAUGUGUAUACCAUGUUUUAGAUCUAGGUUGAAAGUAAUAUUUUCGAUCCACAUGAUAUGGAUAGCCACCAUUGUCUUGGAUUCUUUGAUGAAACAAUGGUGCCUGUUUCUUGGUCCUCUGCAAUGCCGGGUGAGAAUAGGGCGCUUGUUCUGGUCUUCCAUUUCAUUAUUGUAGAUGCACGGCCCUCUCUGUGUCAAGUGGAGGCUGUUUGCAGUUCAGUAGCUUUUGUUGACACUAGCUCGUCAUUGUUGAAGGAAAUUAUGAAUUUGGAAUUAGAAUGUUAAAUCUUUCACAUGGUCUA